AUGGGGUUGGAGGGUGGAGGAUGUCCGAUGGGAACAGUUCCCAUAAGGAGAACUACUAAAGAUGAUCUCAUUAGAGCCAAAUUGUAUUCAGAAAUGCAUGCUUCGAAAAUUAAUCCUCUUACUGACGAUCAACCUGGUAAACAUUUUGCUGUGGCUCAAACUAUCGCAGAUAUCGAUUAUGAUGGAGUUGGAGCGAUGCUUAGCGUAUGGAAUCUUCCGGUUCAAGCUCCUCAAUACACCUCAGGUCGAGUAAAGAUUAAAAAUGGUGCUGAAAGCUUAGAAGCUGGGUGGACGGUGAAUCCGGGUUUAUAUGGUGGUGAUAAUAGAACCAGAAUGUAUAUUUAUACCAAUGCUGGUCAAGCACAUUGUUUCAACACACCAUGUGGAUUUAUACAAGCUUCAGCAGAUAUACCUGUGGACUUGGUUAUCGAACCAGUUUCAACAUACGGUGAACUACCAUAUUACAUAACCUUAUCAAUUUACCAGGACACGAUUAAUCUGAGCUGGUAUCUUUAUUACGAUGACAAUCGUACCGUGGUAGGGUGGUGGCCAAGUCAAAUAUUCACCAAUUUAGGAAGCACGGCUACGGGAGCAGAAUGGGGAGGAGAGGUAUUCAGCCCACCGAAUGUCCCUAGUCCAGGAAUGGGUUCCGGUCAUCGGAUAAAGUUGGACACCAAUUAUGAUGCAUUUUGCGCACAAGCCAAUAUUGUAGUAAAUAAUACGAUUAUAAAACCUCCUAGGGACCUAGAGCAGUUUGCUGAUAAUUUGAAUUUCGAUAUAACCAAUAAAGGAGAUGUUGGAGGUGACCCUGGUUAUCUGAUCCUUUAUGGGGGUGUUUCUGGUGCAAUUGGAAAUUGAUAUUUAGUUUACUUUCUGGAUCAAAUGUACUUUCUCUACUCAUUUUAUGAAUAAAU